UCCUUUCCGUCUGGCCGCAGCCAUCAGGUAAGCCGUGUUGGAGACAUACGCUAUUUCAUCCGCCGCUCAUCUCCCUCUGCCCGAGCCAUCCAGGCUCGGGGACCCUGCGUCCUCAGAGCUCCUCCCGCCUCCUGUGCGGCGUAAACCAAGAUGGGCGCUUACAAGUACAUCCAGGAGCUAUGGAGGAAGAAGCAGUCGGAUGUAAUGCGCUUCCUUCUCCGGGUGCGCUGCUGGCAGUACCGCCAGCUCUCGGCGCUCCACAGGGCGCCCCGCCCCACCCGGCCGGACAAAGCGCGCAGGCUGGGCUACAAGGCCAAGCAAGGUUACGUCAUAUAUCGGAUUCGUGUGCGCCGCGGUGGCCGCAAGCGCCCUGUUCCUAAGGGUGCCACCUACGGCAAGCCUGUCCAUCACGGCGUUAACCAGCUGAAGUUUGCGCGAAGUCUUCAGUCUGUUGCCGAGGAGCGAGCUGGACGCCACUGUGGGGCUCUGAGAGUCCUGAAUUCUUACUGGGUUGGUGAAGAUUCCACGUACAAAUUCUUUGAGGUUAUUCUCAUUGAUCCAUUCCAUAAAGCUAUCAGAAGAAAUCCUGACACCCAGUGGAUCACCAAACCAGUCCACAAGCACAGGGAGAUGCGAGGGCUGACAUCUGCGGGCCGCAAGAGCCGUGGCCUUGGGAAGGGCCACAAGUUCCACCACACUAUUGGUGGUUCUCGCCGUGCAGCUUGGAGAAGGCGCAAUACUCUCCAGCUCCACCGUUACCGCUAAUAUAAGUAAUGUUUGUAAAAUCCUUACCUAAUAAACAAUUUAGGACAGUCA